ACUGCACAGGCUGUUUGCAGUCUAUAACACCAGACAGCCAGGGGAGGGAGGGGAGACUAUUUUUAUUAUCACACAGCAUCUCAAGCCACACAUGUUAAUUGAAUUGCUCGCCCCCUCCCCUUCUCCCAGGGUUUAUCGAUCGCCACGUGACGUCACUAUCGAUAAGUUUUGCGGAGAAAAAAAAUAAAAAAGAAUCAAGUUGGUGCAAAUCAGUCCCGGGGUGACCCGGAGACUGGAGGAAAUCCUGCUGUACUUUGGGGGAUUACAAGCCAUGCCGUCUCCUGACUGGGUGGGUUUGAAUCGGUGAAAAGGGGGAUUAGGAGGAGAGGCUGGUCCAGCCCGGAGACUGAGCCCAGCCUGUGUGAGACACACACACACACUCACAAUAUCUCUUCAAUAUCCCCCAAGAUGGCCGCCAAUGUGGGAUCAAUGGUUCAAUAUUGGAAGAGAUUUGAUCUGCGGCGUCUGCAGAAAGAACUCAACUCGCUGGCGUCUGAACUGGCUGCGCGGCAGGAAGAGAGCGAGCAUUCUCACAAGAGGCUUAUUGAAAUCAGCCGGGAGUUUAAGAAAAAUGUCCCAGAGGAAAUCAGGGAAAUUGUAGCUCCGGUUCUAAAGAGCUUCCAAGCCGAGGUGGUUGCACUAAGCAAGAGGAGCAAGGAAGCAGAAGCUGCCUUUUUGAGUGUAUACAAGCAAUUAAUUGAAGCACCGGACCCUGCCCCUCUAUUGGAAGCUGCCCGUGGAUUAGAAGACCGAUUGCAGCAACUUCAAUGUGUGGAUCCUGAGAACAAGGCUUUGAAAGAAAUCAACCGGCACUGGAAAAAAUAUUCAGAUUUCCUCUCCAUUACUAGAGAGAGGAAAGAGGGCACCACACCAGCUGGGAACCCACUGCAGAGGGAGGAAGCCUGGCACAGCACCAUCAACAGCAAACUCUUUACUACAGACUCCUUCCAGCAGAGAAACGAGGCAGAGAACGAAAAGGGUUUACAAGAGGCGCAGAUCACAUUGGCUGUCAGACUCGGUGAAGCUGAAGAGAAGAUAAAGGUUCUCCACUCAGCUUUAAAGACGACACAGAGGGAGCUGUUGGACCUGCGGUGUCAAUAUGAUAAGGAAACGGCAUCGAAGGCAGAUGAAGUGGACAUGAUAAUGACCAAUCUCGAAAAAGCCAACCGGAGAGCUGAAGCUGCUCAGAGGGAGGUUGAGAGUCUCAGGGAGCAAUUAUCAUCAGUUAAUAAUUCCAUUAGACUGACCUGUUGUUCUCCACAAGGAUCCACUGGGGACAAGACAGGCUUUUCCUUGUGUUCUGGGCCUCAUUUAGAAGCAACGUUGGCAGUCAAGGACAGAGAAAUUCUCAGACUCCUGAAAGAUAUUCAGCAUCUCCAAAACUCCAUACAGGAGCUGGAAGAGUCCUCUGCCAAUCAGAUCGCUGAGCUGGAACAGCAACUUGUCAUCAAAACAGAAGCCAUUCAGAAGCUGGAGGAGAAGUUGCAAAGCCAGUCGGAUUAUGAAGAAAUUAAAACUGAACUGAGCAUCUUGAAAGCUAUGAAGUCUGUGUCCGCAAACUGCGAGCUUGCCCAGGAAACUUCCAAAACAGAAGAUAAAUCAUUGAUCACAAAAGAAGCCUUCUAUUCGUCUCAGAACUAUCUGUUAGAAAAACAAAGCAUCUUACCCAGCAGUGAGGAGGAUCAUUCCGAGGAUGACACCAUGAAAGAACCUUUCGGAGAGGACAGGCCAUAUUCAGCGUCUCCUCAGACAUCUGUCCAUGCUGUAGAGAAAGCUUCCACACCAGGUUCUGUUCAAGCUCUUUUAGCAGCAUCUCCUAGACAGGGAGCACAAAAGCCUUUACAGAUCUUGAACUGCCCCACCACAAGUGACCAUGCAGCAGGAGAAACACUGAACAAGAAACAUAUGGUUCCACUUGUGCCCAAGACUGAAUCAAAAACAUCCCUCUCAUUUCCGUCUUCAUUUUAUACGGUCAAGACCAACUCUCUGCUCAACAACCACCAUCAAAGCAUUGGUGUACAUGAUUCCAGUCCACUCAGUGAUCAGUCAGAAGGGAGCAAUUCUAGCUCACUGGAUGAAGAACAUCUAGACACAUCUGAAAUUGCUUUCCAAGUUAAGGAGCAGCUGCUGAAACACAACAUUGGACAGCGUGUGUUUGGACAUUAUGUCCUGGGUCUUUCUCAGGGUUCAGUGAGUGAAAUCUUGGCCCGACCCAAACCUUGGAGAAAACUGACAGUAAAAGGAAAAGAGCCCUUUGUGAAGAUGAAACAGUUUAUUUCUGAUGAGCAGAAUGUCCUUGCUUUGAGAACGAUUCAGGUGCGACAAAGAGGAAGCAUUACACCACGAAUUAGAACCCCAGAAACAGGUUCUGAUGAUGCCAUCAAAAGUAUCCUGGAACAAGCGAAAAAAGAGAUACAGUCUCAGAAAGGGGGUGAAACAAAAGGUAGCAAUGCCCCUUUAUCGUCAUCUUCCAGCACAAGCAAUGGUUCUGAGGAUGCAAUUAAGAAUAUUUUGGAGCAGGCAAGGCGGGAAAUGCAAGCUCAGCAGCAAGCUCUGCAGGAAAUAGAGACUGGGAGUAGCCAUAGAUCGGUCCCCACACCCCCAGCUGAACGUUCUGUCCUCACUCCAUCCACUCACAACACAACUCACAUGUACAUUAAACAAGAAGACAAUGGCUUUUUAAUGAGCACAAGCACCAGCUCUACACAGACUCCUCUGAGUGUGCUAUCACCUGCAGCUUUCGUACAGAGCAUUAUACGGAAAGUAAAGUCAGAAAUUGGAGAUGCUGGGUCGUACUUUGACCAACACUGGGCUGCAGACAGAAACCUCCUAGGCCGUCCAUUCACCUCCAUCUCACCAUCAUUGUCAUCCUCAUCUUCAAGUUACUCCAGCACAGUUAAUGGUAGACUAUGGAAAAGAGCAGAAAAUGGCGAGUCUACCCCCAAUGAGGAAGAUAUAAGGACUGGAGAAGAAGCACACAAAGCAGUAGAGAUUAAGACAGAAGCUGGUAGUCUCGAUCAGCCAAACAUUGGUCAUCUUUCUUACUAUCCUGCUUACGUCCCGAGAAAUCUGAAGCCCACUGUGCCCCCUUUGACUCCAGAGCAGUAUGAGAUGUACAUGUACAGAGAAGUAGACACAUUGGAUCUCACCAGACAAGUCAAAGAAAAAUUGGCAAAGAAUGGGAUCUGCCAGAGAAUCUUUGGAGAAAAGGUGCUUGGAUUGUCGCAAGGCAGUGUGAGCGACAUGCUGUCCAGACCUAAACCUUGGAGUAAGCUGACCCAGAAGGGCCGUGAGCCAUUCAUUCGUAUGCAACUAUGGCUGACUGACCAGCUUGGCCAAGGGAUCGCACAGCAACCAACCCUGUCACAAGGAACAGCAAGUCCCUCUGAGAUUCAUUCAUCUCCAUCUCCAUCGCCAAGCUCACCAGAUCAGGACAAGAGUCCCCCUGAACAGCAUAUCUUAAACUUAGAGAGCAGCAAGGAAAAUCAACAGCCAGAGAGCAGACCAGCUUCAUCUCUAAGUAGGAGAGCCUUCUCCCAUCAACAUACAGCAGCAGGAUUUCAGGAAAUUGUGGCUAUGUCUCCAGUACUAGACACGUACUCAAUUACCAAGAGGGUGAAAGAUGUGUUAACGGACAACAAUUUAGGCCAGCGGUUAUUUGGAGAAAGCAUUUUGGGUCUUACUCAGGGUUCUGUGUCGGACCUGCUUUCUAGGCCCAAACCAUGGCUCAAGCUCAGCCUGAAGGGAAGGGAGCCCUUUGUACGCAUGCAGUUGUGGCUAAGCGAUCCACAUAACAUUGAAAAACUCAGAGAUAUGAAGAAAAUCGAAAAGAAAGCUUAUCUGAAGCGACGUUACGGACUAGUAAGUGGCGGUUCAGACAGCGAGUCUUCCAUUGCUAGGACGGAUUGCGCAAGUCCAAGCCUCCACUCACAGGAAUACACCCUUCUGCAGAUGAAAAAGCCCAGAGUGGUGCUUGGAUUGGAAGAAAAAGAAGCCCUUAAAAAGGCCUAUCUCCUAGAGCCAUACCCAUCACAGCAGACUAUCGAACUUCUGUCCUUCCAGCUGAACCUUAAAACCAACACUGUUAUAAACUGGUUUCAUAAUUACAGAUCGCGCAUGAGAAGGGAGAUCCUCAUGGAAGGUCAGCAGGACAAUGACACCGAUCAGGAGCCAAACAGCUGUGACAGCUUCACAUCUGCCUUGCAUAGAGACCCCGCUCCACUCAGCCCAAGCUCGGAAGGAGGAGACCGAAACACAUCAAUCCAUGACACGAAACACCUGCAGCAGAAUAACUGCUACCAUGUGGGGGAAAGAAUAGAAAAGAAAAUUAAAAAAGAGAAGACAGAAGAGGAGGAGGAAGACUAUACCGACCGAUGUGAUUCUUGCAAUUCACAACCAGCAUCAGGAACAUGCUGUGAAUCUGAGCCACUCAAAGUUUUUCGAGAAGAGCAAAGUAUUCCUUCUCACUGUGACAGCUCCCUGAGGAAGCAUUAUAUUAGAAAAAGUGUCUCCUUGUAUGAUAACUCUUUCCAGGCUGGAGCUCAUGACAGCACCUCUCUUCUUUCUCACCAAGAGAACACUACCACGGAACGAUCACAAGGUGACCCUAUUAGUUUUAAAUCUACAGUUGAAUCUUCCCGCUGUAGCCUAGAAGUGUCUCUUAACUCCCCAUCAGCUGCUUCCUCUCCUGGUCUUAUGAUGUCCGUGUCUCCUGUACCUUCUUGUUCGGCUCCCAUUUCUCCAUCCUUGCCCAGCACUGUGUCAGGUAAGCUUCAUAGUUCCAGUCCUACCAGUGACGUUGGUCCACUGAAUCCUUCUACAAAACACAGUCCCACCAAUCAGAGACGAAAUGAGAAGAUGGCCAACCUAAAUAACAUUAUACACAGGCUUGAGAGGGCUGCAAAUAAAGAAGAGACACUGGAAUGGGAAUUUUGAAAAAACGUACUUCCUGGACAAAAAGCAAAAACCGUUUGUAUCAGUCUCUGUAAAACCUUGUUAAGUAACAGAGAGAUUACAGAGAACUUCUAUGUGAUAUUUUUUAAAUUUUUUCCAGUUCUCUUUUUUGUGAAGUAGGACAAAAACAACGAACAAAGAACUUCACAAUCACUUGGACUGAAGAAAAAAAACAGGUUUUCAUUUUGAAAAACUCUUUUAGAAAAAAAAGUAUUUAUAAACGUUUUAGAUAUUUUAUUAAAUAAUAUUUGGAAUUUAUUAUCAGCCUGAGCUGCUUUGAUAACAUAGAUACAUAUAAUAAUCAGAGAUGUAGCAGAUGAUCAUUCAAAGUAUAAUGAAGUCCCAUAGCUUGCCACUGGAGAUUGAAAUUAAAAGACUAAUGAUUAAAGCCAUCGUGAAGCACUAGGAAACUGCUGACAUGAAGUAUAAUCUCAAGAGCUGCUUGGUUACCACGGCUGGCUAUAAGAUAGCAGAGUGAGAACUACCCUUGAAGAGGCAGAUACAUAGUCUGAAAGACUCUAAAUUUAAAAAGUAGUGAAAUGUGUCUUGAUCCAGGGGAUUGUUCUAACACAUUAUAAAUUACAGAUCUGGGCAAUGGUAUAUAUUGUAGGAAAGUAGAACAGAGUGUACAUUCUCCCUCCGAAAAGAGAGCUUCUCUGAGCUUGAGAUAGUGGUCUGUAUAUUAAACAUCCAGAAUUGGGGUCUGAUUUGAUAUAGGUUCCAUGUGCAUUAUUUGUUUUCUAAAAGGAACAUGUAGCAGGCACUGUAAGAUGAUACAUUAGGUCUUUAUAGCACUGUAUAAUGCAAUCUCAAUGCCUGGACCCUGAGCAAACACAUUGCAAUGCAUUGCUCACACUACGGCACUUAAUCGUUAAAAAAAAUUAUUGCGUGAAUGUGUGUAUUGUGGAACAGUUCUGUUUGGUUCCGUGCUUGUUUAUAUGUCUUGGAUUUUUGUGUAUGUUUGUUUUCUAUCUACCUCCCUCGUUUUUUCACUAUUUUUUUCCAUUGUUUUAGGCAUAUACAUCCAUAACAAAUACAGAAACUUUCAAACUGGUGGGAUGGUGUUGCCAAAUACAAAAGCUACAGACCUGCACUUCUAGCUGGUUUAUAUAUAGACCACCAUUAUAAUAUGGAAUGUGAAAAGGGUUGAUUUGGUAAAUCCCAUGUAUUAAAGCCUUACUCUGCAUUUAAUGCACAGGCUUGUCUUUUAGCUACAGUGCUUGUUUGCUACAUAACAAAACAGAUUCACUUUAUCUCUGUUGGAGAAAGUGCUAAACGUCAUAGAUGGUAACACCCAGCCUUAGUGCUUAAACGGCACCUAAAAUAAUAUUUGUGUAAGUACAUGGAAAUAUAUUUUUGUUCUUUUUUUAGGGUGUCUUGUUAAUGAAAUUAUUUAGGAGUGAAUUUUAGGAUUUCAUAUUGUGUGAGAGGAUCACUGCAAUUUAAAUGAUACACUAUAUAGAGGAAACGUAAAACCUACCUGGAAUAUGCUGAAAAAAAUUAUAAAGCUUUUUGGGAAACUAAUAUUGUUUACUUUGAUGUAACUCAUAAAUCCCCCCUGCCUCCACCAUCAAAAGAAAUCUUAGAUGACACACUUAAACCAUGGGUACUGUAUGAAGAAGGUCUGGAAUAGAGAUCUAGUCAAUUAAUAAAACUAUAUCCAAUAUCGUUUUGUAGCAAGAACUCGUCAUCUUUGUUAUUUCAUGACUUCAUGACUUAAAAUGAACCUGUCCUGCAAAUUUUCACCUACCUGAAAUUGCUCCCAUAUACAUUAUACACCAUAUAUAACAAAGAUACAUGGUGUAUUCAGUGUAAAUUGUAGCGAUGUAAUCCCUUUUCUUCCAUUCCAGCAACGCUCAUUUUGUCGACUAACAAUUUUAGUCGACUAACAUUUGUGAGAUUUUGUCGACUAAAAGUAGACUAAAACUAAAGCAAUUCAGACGACUAAACUACGACUAAAACUAAAAUGGCUUUUUAGUUAAAAGAUUAUGUCUAAAACUAAAUUGAAAUUUAAAGCCCAAAUUAACAAUGUACAGAGGGCUGUGGAAGGGGCAAAAGAGACAGACCAGGACUUGGGAGAGAGACACCUAGAGGGGCUGGGAUGACACAAAGAGACACAGAGGGGCUGGGGAAGGGGAAAAUAGACAGAUGGGGGUUUUAACGAAACCCAUUAGAUUUUGUGUUGUGUCGACUAAAGUCUACUGGUGACUUAGUCGACUAAAAUCUACUGGAGAUUUAUACUGGAGAUUUAUUCAACAAAAACUAGACUAAAACUAAAACAAUUCAGAUGACUAAAACACGACUAAAACUAAAAUGGCUUUUUAGUCAAAAGACUAUGACUAAACCUAAAUUAAAGUGUAACACCCACCACUGGGCCUUCCUCUACCUGUUCUCCUCCUGCCCUCCCACUGCAUGCUCUGUGGUUGCAAUGGGUGGAGAACAGAGGGACCUUUAACAGGAGGACUUUUUUGCUCUCCCGUGUCAGUCAAUGCCUUGGAACACCAAGGCAUUGACUGAAAACUGGAAGUAAAAUAAUAGGUUUCUAUCAUAAUCUAUACAUUUUCUAGCAAAACUGCUAGCACAAUGUAGAGAUAGAAUCGUAUGCUCAAUCUAAUGAGCAUAAGUUGUUUGGGGCAUUACUGGUUACUUAUAACUUUUUGUCACAUCAGAUCUCCUUCCAUGAUGUCAUGUAAGACAAACUGCCCCAUGAGAAAAUGCAUAUAAAAAAUUACAAUAUUCUGGUCAACAUAAUAACAAUUAUCUGACUUACACUAUCUGGCACCCAAAGACUGUUAUUUUGUAAAGUCUAUGUUUUAGAAUUAUUCCAACUAUAAAGAACGCUAGCCAAGCUCUCUAUUAACCUCUACUGGAUUACCAUAAUUAUCUGUCCUCUAGACUAAAUACAUAUACCAGACUGACUCUAAGGUAAUGUGUAAUUGACCACCUUUAUUGCUGUACUCUGUAAAUAAGAGUAACUCUCUAUUUUUACUGUAUCUAUAUAGUAUAGUAGUUCUUAUGUCCACUAGUACUCUUGAGGUAGAACAGGUCUUUCCAUUGUGUAUUCAGCAUUUUACCUCAUGUAAAACAAAUUUUUAAGUUAACACAUGUAUACAUCACAGAAGGAGCGUGGCAUUCCUAAUCGGUAAAUAAUAACCAAUCAUUCAUCAUCGGGUUGUCCAGCAUUUCGAGUGGGUGGAACGUGAAUCAUUAAGCAGUUCAGUGAGGAUUCCUGACCUGUUAAAAUGGUAAUGAAUCCAAUGGAUUUUCAGACCAGACGGGGACCAACAUUUUUUUAAAAAAUAGGGCGUGCACCCUGCACAUAGGCUGCUAAUUGGACAGCCCAGGUCAAACAUAUAAUUGUCCAUUAUUGUUAUGUCCGCUAAGUUUUAUUGCAGCUCAGCACUGUGAAUUGAGGACUGAAAUGCAUAUUCAAUUUUAUCCUCUUAAUUUUGUCUUUCUAAAAUAAUUAGUUUAAUAAUUAAAUAAUGCUUAACCCAACCCCUAGUAUUGUUUUGUGAUAGUGUGAUGUAUUUUGUUACUUGGCGUUUUUGACAAGGACUGUAGGCCCAGAUUCUAAAGCAAAAUAAUAGACCUGAAUGCUAGGUUAUGUUAUGUUUCGGUAAAAUCCCUCAAGUGACCAGUACAGUAAAAUAAUAACAGUGAGCUUCAUCAAGGUUUAAACAGGUGCUAUUCUCGUGCAAAGUAUCACAAGGAGAGCAGCUGUUUAAUGUGAGAGGAUUUGUAACAGUGGGGGAGAUGUAUAUAUGAUACCAUAAUUUCAAGGAUGAAGCACCCAUUUGGUCACAUUUGCAUAUUUACACUAUAUAGAGAGAGGCAUGUGAUUGGGUUUUAUAUAGGAGAACAUGAGCACAAUUGCAACAUUUUUACUUUAUCAAUAAUGCCAAAUAGAUGACACAGUAUUCUAGUGUUAAACAGUCAAUUAAAAGUGCCACCCAUUUAUAUCAGUUAGUCUAGUGAGCGUAAUAAAUGUCUUAUCUCGCCAGUUUGCUGCUCUUUCUCUAUUAAGCAGAGGAACAUUUUUUAGAAGAGGAGAAAUGGUGUCUGGUUGACAGUAACCAAAGGAAGAAAGCAUGCUAAAAUAUAACUUUUUAUUUUCACUGAAAUCCCGUUUCAUAAAUAACUAUUAAAUACAGUGUUACCAAUGGAAGACCUGUAUGUAUAAAUAAAGAUACUUCAGUAGACAAAGUGCAUACAGUGCAUUCAAGUGUUCCAGAAGAGUAAGUGAUACAAUGACAGAGUGCGCAAGUUUAAAAAAAGAUCACUCAAGCUAAUCCGUCGUCCUUAUAACUGGAUUUCAGUUUAUCUAUCAAUUUUCUUGUUUAACUGUAUUCUUAACACCCAACACUAGGGGGUUCUUAAUAUCGAUAACAAGCAAAGGGAAUUGCAAGAUGAAAAUUAAGUUUAAAUUCUUCUUUUGUAAUAAUUAAAUGCAUGCACGUUUUCAAGGUAUCUUUAUAUAUUUAGGACUAAUAGAAAUUUAUGAAAUGGGAUUUUAGUGACCUAACACACGUUAUGUAUUAACAUGUUGUCUUUGCUUUUACUGUCAGUCGGCCGCUACAAUCUUUUUCUUGUCUUCUGUAAGAACCGAGGACUGAACCACUUCUUUGUUGUGUUGGAGGAAAUGUUUUUAUUUACACCCGUAGUGCCCUGCUGAUAUUCCUAAACAAUAAUGUAUUAUUUACUUGCUGCUGGGUUUUUUUUUCUAUCUGUAAUUAUUUCACAGAUAUCUGCAGACAUAAAUUGUUUCAUUGUGAAAAUAAGUGCAUUUAACACACACUUUUAUACAUCAGCCCCAUUGUAUGUAAAGCAGUCUAAUUUUCUUUAUUACAUUCAUACACCAGAAGAUUGCACCUGCACACAUUAGACAUUAUACAAUGUCUGGUCCUUUGACCCUUGCCCAUCGGUGAUGUUUCAUCAAACACAUCAGCUAAAAUCCAGGAUUUAACGUAACCACAAAAGGGCAAUUCCUGAAUUACAGUCAAUAUUGUUUUUGUUCUUUUUUUUUAAUAGCAAAACUAAUGUCCUGAACUUAACUUCAGUCUGUUAUUUACGAACGCCACAUCAACAUCUUGCCAGAUGGCACCAAUGCAUUGCUUGGUCACAUGAUCUAAAUGCAUCCAAUUGUUAGAAAACAUUAAUAUUGUCACAUUAAAAUCACACCAAUGCUGCUCAUGUAGAAGACCAUACCUCCCCUUUAAUUGGAGAUGCUUGUCCUAGGUACCUUCUGCAGACUGUGGAACUGCACAAUGCAUGUUCCAUAUUCACCCCAAGAAGAAGGUACGGUAUGAUCACCUACAUUUUUUACAUUAUUUAAAUUGUAACAUCCAUGAUAUUUCGGGUUUGCCGUAUCAAUGAAUUUGUAUAUUUUUUAUUAAUAAAUGUAAUUGCUCUUUCAAUCAUUCCGUUAAAAAAAAAACCUGAAUUCUUAUUUAAGUGGGACCUAAACACAUUCAUUAUCUUCUGCUGUUUAGUGUGUCAGGUAAAGAUCCAUGUAACAGGAUUGAAUUAAGCACUUAGGAUAGUCUGAUUACAGGGAUCCUGUUGUACUGAACUAGUAAACAUGUAAUUAAUGUAGGCUCAUGUCCUGUAACCAAUUUGUAUAUUAAACUAAAAGAAAAGUUUUGUUUAACAAAAGAAAACUGUAAAAAGGCACUAAAUAUAGAAAUUGAUAACUUU